GAUGAUGUCAAAUCACGUCAAGCGGUGCAAGGUGCGCAGCAUGUUUUGGCUGCAGAUGUUGUCGAACCGCUGAAUGCACAUCAGCUUUCUUCCUAUGCGGGCAUGUCUUAUGAUUCGCGGCAUCAUCUUGGCGAAUCGUUGGAGAAUACUUGUCGUUUGCCAGGACAUACCUCGGUGCCGUUGCAUGUCUGUGAAAAAUGUCACUCUACCCAGUGCAUUUGCGAUGAUGUAGACGAACGCAACCGGUCUUCGGAGCAAGUCCACAUGCGUGUCACCCGUCAAUUGCAAAACUUUGUGAUGAGUGUCAUGGAAGCAUGUGGCGGAUUUCAAAUUGAUCCUGAAAAUGCCGUGCUACCUGGAACCGCUGCCAUUCAACAUAUCAUUGAACAUCGUGGAGGUAUCCCGAAGACUCCCAAGGAUACACCCCAUAGACAGGCACGGCCUGGUGAUAUUUUUGCCGAUGAUGGGGAUCUGCUGCUAGAAAGCCCUUUGGCGCGCUUGAUUGGGUCGAGCCUUUUGCACGAGCUGAUGGACAAAAAGGUCCGUGUGAAGAAGCAGCAGACAAGGACCUUACCCGUUGGCGACAACCUUUAUGCCAUCACCUUUGACCAAGACAUCCUUUGGUGUGAACGAAGGCGGGUAGUCACGGAAUGCAUCAAAAUGUGGGUCAUGGACAUCGAGCCGGAAAUGGAGAUGGACACUUUGAAUCCAAAACCUUCUGGCCAGCAGCCAUGA